AUGUCCAGACUCCCAGAACUUCCACAGGCGAUCUACAAGAUUGCUGCCGCCCACAGCUCCUUGGAGCCCGCGUUCGAUCCUGAUUAUGGUGAUUCCAAGUGGAUGGAGGCGAUUGGACGGAUGGUUCUUCCAGCUGUGAUCGCGGAGGUGAUCUCAACCAAGAGACCUCUGGCUGAGAAUAUCAAGGGCGAGGUUGAUAAACGUCUUGAAUCAGAUACACUCGCGGAGUGGUGCACGCAAUGUGAACUGCGUGCACAUGUACACUGUGUUCCCACCUUCAAAGAGAGCCUGAAUGAUCCUGACGUUUCUUGCGACAUCCUCUAUACCUUUGUCGGCGCAGUGCACGCAGCCUCCGGUGUAGAUGGAGUGAGAUCAUGGCUGGGUAGACUGAUUGACCCGGCAUACGAAGAGAAUAACGAGAACGCGUUUAAACGGGCCAAAAUCGAACCCAUGACGAAUGGCUUCUCGUCACAGCCACCGCCGCCUACAUCUCAACCACCGCCGCCGCCUACGAGUGCCCCGCCACCGGUACCUUCUGGACCAUCGAACAGCAGUGUAUCGCUCUCCUAUCUCAAUCAGGUAGCCUCCCAGCGUAGGAUCAAUGUGGCGUGGAACACUAACAUGAGUGGACCCUCUCACAACCCUCAAUGGACCGCCGAAUGCGUCUUGAAUGGCAUUGUCAAGGGCACUGGCAUAGCCCAAAGCAAGCAAGCGGCCAAAGAGCAAGCCGCUCGUAGCACCGUGCACAUGAUGGGUUUUUGA